GUUGAGCGCACCCGUCGGACAUUCGCAAGACGAGAGACCGCUGUUCAUGAGUGAGGAGGAUCGGAACAAUGCCGGCUAUGUUGUUAAUCAGUAUGGAUUGAGCCGGAAGCACAUCUUCGAAAGCAUCCACCGCGCGGACCCUAACACCCCCGCUAAAGAGACCAUGGAAGCACUCCACGACAUCGUCAAAUCCGGCAAAGUGCGCUACAUCGGCACCUCAUCCAUGUGGGCCCACCAACUCCUCGAAUACCAAUACACCGCGCGCCUGCACGGCUGGACCGAAUUCAUCUCCAUGCAGAACCUCUACAACGCGACCUACCGCGAAGAAGAGCGCGAGAUGUUCCCCGCCUGUGCGCAGUUCGGCAUGGCAUCCAUCCCCUGGUCGCCCGUGGCAAUGGGCUUCCUCGCCAGACCAUGGAAGGCGUUCCAGGAGUCUGCUCGUGGGCAGACCAUGAACGGGGCGUUUAUGGGACAUGCCAUUACGGAGACGGAUAGGAAGAUUAGUGAGAAGAUUGAGGAUAUUGCGGGUGCGCGGGGUGUGUCGAUGGCGAUUGUGGCGUUGGCGUGGGUUUUGUCGAAGCCGUUUAUUACGUCGCCGAUUGUGGGGAUGAGUAAAAAGGAGAGGGUUGAUGAGGCUGUUAAGGCGGUUGAGUUUGGGUUGAGUGAGGAGGAGAUUAAGAGUAUUGAUGAGUUGUAUGUCCCUAAGGGGGUUAUCAGGCAUCGUUAAGAGAAAGCUUUAAUGUACAUACGCCUGGAAUACAACCGCUAUAUCAGAC